UCCCCUCCCUUCCCCUCUCCUCGGGAUGGUUCGGUCCGGCCCCGCGGCCUUGUGGGAAGGUGGCGGCGCGGUGCAUCGCGGGGGAGCGGGGGAGCCGGGGAGCCGGGGAUGGCGUCCUGCUGGCGGCGGGCGCUGGGCCGGGCGCUGGGCCCGGCGCUGGGCCCGCGGUGGUGUCGCCCCCGUUGUCGGCGCCCCGGCGCUCGGGGCCUGCAGGGCUCGUCCCGGGGCGGCGGGAGCCCGUGGCGCCUGCUGGGGGCGCUGUGCCUGCAGAGGCCCCCCCUCCUCGCCCAGCCCCUCACCCCGCUCCAGGAGGGCACGGACCGGAUGCUGCGCCAGCUGGAGGUGGAGCAGAGCCUGUACGCGGACCACGAGAUGCGGAUACUGCAGGAAGCGCGUCGGCUGCAGCGGAGAAAAGCUGACUUGUACGAUUCGGACGACGAAGAGGAGGAUAUCGUACUGGCCCAAGACCUGGAGGAAGCCUGGGAGCAGACAGCCCUGCGCUUCAAGCCGGGACCUCGUGAAACAGAAGCGGAUCUGAAGAAUGACCGGACCUCCCUGAACCGGAAGCUGGACCGGAACUUGGUGCUGCUGGUCAAGGGGCAGCUGGGCGAGCAGGAGGUGUGGUUACUCCCCCAGGCCGAGUGGCGGGCAGGCGAGACACUCCGAGGAACAGCCGAGCGAGCCCUGGCUGAGCUCUCCGAUAAUCAAAUGCAAGCCAAGUUCCUAGGAAACGCGCCCUGUGGGCACUACAAAUUCAAGUUCCCCCAGGCCAUGCAGACCGAGGGGAGCUUAGGGGCCAAAGUAUUCUUCUUCAAAGCCUUCCUGCAGAAAGGAGAAGGAGAACUCUCCCUGGCCAGGAGGAAGGAAGGCCACUACGUAUGGGUCAGCAGAGAGGAGCUGGGCGACUACUUGAAGCCAAAGUACCUCGACCAGGUCAGGCGAUUCUUUGUGGACAUCUAAUGGACCCCUCACUUUGGUGGUGUCAGGCCACGAAAAAUGCCACCGGUGACUGGUGGCUGUUUUGGCUUGGAAGGAAUAGAUCGGGUUCCCAACCCUGAAGAAUAAACCCAUUUUCUUCUUGCUUCUCUGCGAUUUGAGAGCUGCAAAAC